AUGCCCAUGGCUUUGGACCAUCACGAGACCCAACUGCCCGUUUCCCCUACUCAGCUCUUGAACACCGAUGUGGCCAUUGAAACCAUCAAGAAGCUCGAUGAACAUGAUCGCGAAGUGGAGCAACAGGUGAAGACGACUGGCAUGAAUGGUAUUGAGAUCCCAGACCAUGAAGUCAUCACAAGGAGAAAGCAGUUUCGCAUCAAGAAAGAGAAUGCAGAAAAGAAGAGAGACAGGAAAGCGGAGAAAAAAGAUACAGCUAAGCAGAAGGAGGAAAACAAACAAGCGAAGAAAGCUGCCAAGGAAGCAGAGAAGGAAGCCAAGAAAGUUGCCAAGGCCAAAGAAAAGGAAGAGAAGAAAGCAGCCAAAGAAAUGGCUAAAGCGGCUAAAGCUAAAGGUGAGAAGAAGACAGGUCGAAGCUCUCGCGCAAAAGCCAGCGAGCGGCUGAGGAAGAAGCCUGGCUGCAAAGCGCAUCACAAGACAUGGCAAAACGACCAUGCUGAAGGAAUGAUUGAAGAGCCUUCCUCUGUCGAAGUUCGAACUGCAGAGGCUGCAGAGGGCAUUCCUGCAGAGGUGGGCCCAGUCGAGGAACUCACAGAGAUUUCACCGGUGAAGGGCAGAAGUAUGAAGCGCUUGCGGCAGAUGAACGCAGCAAGGAAAGCCCGCUGUAAUGAGCCCAAAGAAGUGGAGACAAUCGAAGAGGCUCAGUCUGAGUCCAAGUCAGAGGUCAUGGCUGGAAAGGGGAGAGUGGAGGAGGAGGAGGAGGGUGCAGUUGAAGUUGACGGGAAGAAACCAAAUGGAGACGUCCUUAAGAAGAAGAACAAGAGGAAAAAGGUCAUGGAGACAAAAGGUGAUGAAAGCAUGCAGGAGGAAGAGCCAAAUGAUAGUCUUGCCAAAGGGAGAAAAAGGAAGCCAAAGUCGAAGAAGGACACCAAAUCCACAGGAAAGAAGAAGUCCGUGAAGUCCAAGCCCAACACCAAGGGUGGUCAUAAGAAUCGGGGCAAAGGAAGGGCAUCAAAAGACAAAAGCAAGAAAAAGGACAAAGUCUAUGCAGUUGAUGAGCCCAGCAAAGCAUUGGUCCUUGAGGCUCUCCAGGAGUGCCAAAGUUCCAAGUGCACGCACCCAUCCUUCCAGGUCCCAUCGCCAAGUGGGGUGUCCUACAGCCCCUACUGGACUAGGAGCGCAGUGGGUGUAAAGGUGCCCAGGAGUUGGAUGAAGAACCAGAAAGCCAAAGGCAAGGGAAAGGUUCAAAUCGCAUACUUCUCCACAGAAUGCCCUUGUACCUACGCAGCUUAUGUCGCAGCAGGUAUCUUUGUUUCUUGGAAUCGGUUCAGUGGUUUGAAACGGGAGAAAGGGUUGAUUUCAAUAACAAGGGCUUUAAGGCUGAUGAAUCUAUAA